AUGCGCUCCAUUAUCCUCGCCGUGCUACCGGCGCUCGUAUCUGCACACGGGCACGUCGAGCAGGUCAAGGCUGAUGGCGUUCUUUACCAAGGUUGGAAUGCUGCGUUGCAGUACCAGAAUCCGGUGCCUAAGACGGUCGGCUGGAAGGCGGAUAACCUGGACAACGGAUUUGUGAGCCCCGAUGCUUUUGGCACUGAUGCGAUCGUGUGCCACAAGAGCGGAACGAGCAAUGGGGCGUACGUCAGCAUCAAGGCGGGGAGCACAGCUACGUUCUACUGGGACACAUGGCCGGUCAGUCACAAGGGCCCCGUGAUCGACUACAUCGCCGACUGCAACGGCGACUGCGGCGCCGUAGCUAAGACAUCCCUCUCGUGGACAAAGCUCGACCAACAGGGCUGGAUCUCAGGAUCCAACCCCGGUACCUGGGCCACCGACAACCUGAUUGCCGCAAACAACACUUGGACCAUCACUAUGCCGUCUAACUUGGCCGCUGGCAAUUACGUUGUCCGCCAUGAAAUCAUUGCCUUGCACUCUGCGGGAUCGACCAACGGCGCACAGGCAUACCCUCAGUGCGUUAACUUUGCGGUUACCGGAAGCGGAAGCGGAAAGCCGACGGGUGGCGUGCCGGCUACGAGCUUCUACAAGGCAACUGGUAAGCGCUUACCUUGA